AUGGACCCCUCAGAGAAGUCCCCCCGAGGGAAAUCGCCCCCCCUGGAAGGGGAGCACUCCGCAGAGGAAGAAAAUAAAAUUCUCCCGAUGGACCAAAAUGAAUACAAAAUUGUAAGUCAAAAGGGGAAGAAGAAGAGGAAGGAAAAAAAAAAAAAACAAAGCGGUGAUGAAGAUGCCAUCCAAAAGUAUGGAGAGGAAAAAAUCGCUCUAUUCGAAAACAACGAAAUUGUCGAAUAUGACGCGAAGAACUUCAGGACAGGAAAGGACAAUCACAUUGUCUUGUUGGAAGAGGAUUACUUAAAUGUGCUGGAGUUUUUAAUUGAAAAAAAGUUUUUUCCUGAUUUACACAAAUAUAAGGAUGAUGGAGCCAUUUCGGAGAAGACUCAAAAGGAUGCCCAUGAUUUUACUCCAGAUGGAAGAAGCACCAUGUUCUCCAACUAUCAAGGAUACUCACCUGAGCAAGGCACCACUGUGGAAGUAGAUCACGCGGGGAGAAGAGGCAGUAGGAAAAUGGGUAGUCCUAUAUCUCCAAGUGGUAACCCGGAUGGGGGCUUUUACUCCUGCCCAGAGGAACAUAACAAUCUGGAGAUGUUAUACCCAACGGAUCAGUGCAGCGAGAGGAAUGUAGACCCCUUCGAGGAGGGGAGGAAUGACAAGGCACUCUGCCUCCAAGAAAAAAACUACAAAUUAGUGACUCUAGCGAAUGGAAAAAAACACAAAAUUGAUCUGAACAUAAAUUUGAGCGACUUCCAGAAGAAGUACACCUCGGAGGAUAACAAAUCAUUUGAGUACCUCUUAAGGAGCAUGAAAAAUAAGAAUGUGGAUAGGAAUAUGUACUCGCUGAUGAAGAGAAAGGAACACAAUAAAAAAGUAGACUACAUCGAAGAGUGCACAAGGAAAGGAAUAAAUUGUCAUCAGAUCAAUACCAACAGGUCGGAAAAUGAAUUAAGUAGCAUGAUGUUUUCCUCCAGUUUAAAAGUUAGCUUGAUGGAUAAUUCUGCUGAGAGUAAGCUACAGAUAUGUCCCGACAAUACAAGAUUUUCGGAGGAAUAUAAUGAGGACAUGAAGAGGCAGAUAAAACAGUGUGCUCAGAAUAGGCAAUUAAAAAUGAUGGAAAAAAUGAAAGAAGACAAAGAGGAGCAGAUGGUACAGCAGGGGAAAUUCAACUUACUGGAAAGGAAUAACAGCUAUGAGUAUAUGCGUACUCCACUUAUACUGGCUGGGAAGGGUGUCGAUAAGAGUCCCAUCAUAACAUGGGGGGUCAUUGCCAGCAGCCCUAAGUUGGUGGAAAGUGAGGACGAGUGCAGUCUGGACGGCAGCAGCGGUGACAACUCCGAUAAUCCGUGCAAUAGCUCCAGGGUAAGAAGACGCACCGGAGAAGAAAACGACGAGGCCGAUUUCAAUCCUAAUGAGGAAUUUAACCUGCAACAAAUUAACCACCGUGAACUGAUUUCCGAGAAGCUGCAGAGUAAUAUGAAAGACAUCAAAUACAGCAAGGAAGCGUUAAAGAGAAAGAACCUCAGCUUGUUGAUACAGCGAAAUUGUAGCUCCCGCAUGUCGAUCACGUCCUAUAGAAAUUCAGUUCUGUCUAGGUACAGCCGGAAGCGACUCAGCGAGUUGGCGAUGAAAUCGUCGCUCGCGUCGCAAAUUUUGAAAAAGAAAAAGAGGUGA